AGCGACAGACCAGUUAACGCCGGAGCCGCGGCUAACAGCGUCGCUGUCGGACUCGGCCGCUGCGCGGUACUCUGAGGAAAAGCUACCGCCAGGCAAGAGCCGGCUCCGGGCCUGUGGUGGACGUGCCGCCGCCGCCGCCGCAGCAGCAUCAUGGGGAAGGGCGACCCCAACAAGCCGCGGGGCAAGAUGUCCUCGUACGCCUUCUUCGUGCAGACCUGCCGGGAGGAGCACAAGAAGAAACACCCCGACUCCUCGGUCAACUUCGCCGAGUUCUCCAAGAAAUGUUCCGAGAGAUGGAAGACCAUGUCUGCCAAGGAAAAAUCCAAGUUUGAAGAUAUGGCCAAAAGUGACAAGGCUCGCUAUGACAGGGAGAUGAAGAAUUAUGUUCCUCCCAAAGGUGACAAGAAGGGAAAGAAAAAAGAUCCCAAUGCGCCUAAAAGGCCUCCAUCUGCCUUCUUCCUGUUUUGCUCCGAACAUCGCCCAAAGAUCAAGAGCGAACACCCUGGCUUAUCCAUUGGCGAUACUGCCAAAAAACUGGGUGAAAUGUGGUCUGAGCAGUCAGCCAAAGACAAACAACCCUAUGAACAGAAGGCAGCGAAGCUAAAGGAGAAAUACGAAAAGGAUAUUGCCGCAUACCGUGCCAAGGGCAAGAGUGAAGCGGGAAAGAAGGGCCCUGGCAGGCCAACAGGCUCCAAGAAGAAGAAUGAACCAGAAGAUGAGGAGGAGGAGGAAGAGGAAGAAGAAGAUGAGGAUGAGGAGGAAGAGGAGGAAGACGAGGAAUAAAUGGCCGGCCAUCCUGUAAUGAUGCGUGUGGGGUGUGCGUGUGUGCUCAGGCAGUGGUUUUGCUAAGAAUGUGAAUUCAAGUGCAGCUCAAUAUUAGCUUCAGUAUAAAAACUGUACAGAUUUUUGUAUAGCUGAUAAAAUUCUUUGUAGAGAAAAUACUUUUUUAAAAAUGCAGGUUGUAGCUUUUUGAGGGGCUACUACAUACAGUUAGAUAUUAAAGCUUCUGAUGUUGAAUGUUUCUGAAUAUUUAAUGGUUUGUUUAACGUCUUGACUUGUGUAUGGUAGCACAGCAAACUCAUAGAAAUUAGUAUCCAUAGUGAAUUUUGGGUUUUCUAGAAUGAGAAUGUUGCAUUCUGUUUUUUUAAAAAAAAUUUUGUAAUAAAAUUAUGUAUAUUA